AUGGCCAAACUGAUCCUUUGGACAAUUUUGCAUUGUAGAAGAGGUAUCUUUGUAGGUCGAGAUGUUGACCAUCAAGAUUCAUCCCCAGGGAAGUAUGGGUCUGUAAUGAGAACAGACACAGAGCACGGGUAUGGAGAAAGUUUAGGACACAUCCAGAAGGAAAAAUCUUUCAGGAAGACAAAACCAACACCUCCGAGAUCUAUGAGUGAACCUGGGAUUAGAGCUGUGGGUUCAGAGAAGUGGACCCUGGUGACGCCGGUGCCACAUUUGAAGUGCCACUGUUACACCCAAAGGAUAUCCGCUCCAAUUUUGUCUAAGGAAGAGAUACAGGCUGUAGAGAGAGAGAAAAAAGAUCUCCAGUACCAGAUGCUCACUUUGGAGGCACGAGUAAUGCGGACUCUGAAAUGGAAGAUGGAUGUUUACCUGCCCGGCUACAAGAAGCGAGUGGCCGCUGUAUCCACAUCAGCCGCCCCAACGCCUGUGCGGAUGACAGUCCCAAGAACUGCCUCCCGCACCAAUGUGUUUGAAAGGCUAUCAACACCCGGAAGAAGGUAUGGAAUACUUAUCGCCAAGGGAAGAAUGACAGUCCAUUGUUUUUCCACUGUAGAGCAAAGCUGCUCAACUGCAUUGAUCUGAGACAACUCCCAUCAAAGUUGUGCUUGUUAUAAAGAGCCCUGCUGAAAUUGGAGUUUGUUGUUUUAGCCAUGACACUAUUCAUGAGCCUUAUGUUAAAUUUAUUCUGACCAUCUGAUGUAAGACCCUCUUGAAUAUUUGAGAUCCAGAACAACGCAUGGACUCUAAUAAAUUUCAAAAUGUAAUCAA